CAAGUGCGCACUACAGGCAAAGAGAGCGAGGCACGGCAGGCGGACGGACGGCGGCGGGUACCGGAGCGACGACGCGGCGGUGUGUCUGUCUUUGUUGGAGACCCGGCGUACUGGAUGGUGGAUUUGUCUAUUCUAUGGAUUUGGAUCAGGGGCUAGGAUAACUUCGCAUGGGACAAAACCCGCCUUCUUUCAUGUCAUCCGGUGAUUUGUUUCGCCCGGCGUGUUGACGCCAGUGGAAAGAGGGGAAACCGAGGCUUUACUGGAGGAGCGCGAUUGACAGAUAGGCGACAUGAAUAUACACGCGUUUCCGUCCACCAGCUGUACAGGAUAGAUGCAAACUAAAAAAACGGCUCGCGAUCUUUAAAUGUGAUUUCAGAAGCUUUGUAAUGCAGCAACGUGGGUCGGUUUAAAACGGGAGACACGGAAAAAAAGAUGCUCUGCUUCACGCUUGAGGUUUUUGCACCGUACGUGUUAUUGACGAUUUUGCACGGCGUGGAAUAAUGCAUCGAGACACAACUUUGUUCACAGGCUUGACAGACUGCGAGCCGUUUGAUUAUAUCUUAUAAAAAAAGUGCAUGUAUUUGUGAGCCUGGCGCGUGCUCUAGUAAUCCUGUUAUUCUUGAAUAUAGCUUAGUGCUUCAGUACAACGCCAGUGCCAUUUAUCUGUCAGCCCCCUGAAGCCGUGUACCGUUUUUACGGUUUACAUUUUGAAACCCAAAUCCUGCAGUCUAUUGAUGUCAGUGAUUGCGUUAUGUAGAUAAAGCCUCUCGAGUUGUGUUGCCAGAUUACUGGUAAAUUGUUGAUGUAGGCAGGCCUAACCUUGGUUUAUGCAGAUCCAAUCGAUAGCGAGAUAAAGACGGCUCUGGCAGGCUGUCUUUACUCUGGAAGUGUCACGGGGGUGUGUUUAAAAUCCAAGCAUAUUUAGUUUUUUUUUUUUUUACACAUGCCCGAUCGCAGCAGAGAAGCUGCUCAGUAGAGAGUGGAGACUGUCAACACACUGUGAAGUGUCGGAUAACAUACUGUAAAGCAACGUCUCAAGAAAAGUUUCAAUGGUUUUCCGAAAGUUGCCCGGUGUGUCGGCAUCGGGCAUGGGGCUGCGCCUGUCCCAGAAAUUCGUGUUUCUGCUCUUUCUCUCGGGUUUGGUAACACUGUGUUUUGGGGCCCUUUUCUUUUUGCCCGACUCAGUCCGACUAAAACGCAUUUUCCUGUCCAAGACAGAGACCCAGCCAGUCACUGCUGGCUCCGGGUCCGAGAACGAUGCCAAGGAGCACUUAAAAAGACCCAAGGAGCAGGAGCACCCGCGGGGCAUGACCUCAGCCAAAGGAGAGACCAGCACCAAGCUGAAAAGUCUGAGCCGCAAGCCGCCUCUCUCUCAUGAGGCGACCGAGGCGAGGCUCGCCGUGGGGAGAGCCCAGGAGGACAUGACUCUGCCCAGGUUGAAAACGGAGACCGCGUCGGCGAAAGCGACCACCUCUCACCACUUGGAUACUUUCAGUUACAAUAAGUUCAAAGGAUGUCUGCUCAAACCCCCGCUGGGGAGAGACAACGGCAAGCCCAGCGACCCCCAGACCAACGAGCGCCGGGAGAAAGUCAAAGAGAUGAUGAAGUUUUCCUGGGACAACUACAAGCUCUACGCCUGGGGCAAGAAUGAACUGCGGCCUUUGACGAAGAACGGGCACAUUGGCAACAUGUUUGGUGGCCUGAGAGGAGCCUCCAUCAUUGACUCACUGGACACACUAUAUAUUAUGGGACUGAUGGAAGAAUAUAACGAUGCCAAGGAGUGGGUGCAGACCAGCCUGGACCUAAACUCUAACGGCGAGGCAUCACUCUUUGAGGUGAACAUCCGUUACGUCGGCGGUUUGCUGUCGGCGUACUACUUGACAGGAGAGGAGAUGUACAAGAAAAAGGUAAUGGAGCUGGGAGAGAAGCUGCUGCCGGCCUUCAACACGCCAACAGGAAUCCCCCGAGGAGUCAUCAACCUGGGGAGUGGCACCAGUUGGAGCUGGGGCUGGGCCUCAGCCGGGAGCAGCAUCCUAGCUGAGUUCGGGACCCUUCAUCUCGAAUUUGUCCAUCUGUCGGAGCUCUCCAGGAAUCAAAUCUACACAGAUAAGGUGAUGAACAUCAGAAAACUCCUGAACAAGAUUGAAAAGCCACAAGGCCUGUACCCCAACUUCCUCAGUCCAGUCAGCGGCAACUGGGUCCAACAUCACGUUUCCAUCGGUGGCCUCGGGGAUAGUUUCUACGAGUAUCUGAUCAAAUCAUAUCUGAUGUCAGACAAGACGGACGACAACGCAAAGAAGAUGUACUACGGCGCGCUGGAGGCGAUUGAAGCCAACCUGGUGCAGAAGUCCCCCGGUGGUCUCACCUACAUGGCCGAGUGGAGGGGAGGGAUCCUGGACCACAAGAUGGGCCACCUGGCCUGCUUCUCCGGGGGCAUGAUCGGCAUCGGGGCCGACGACGGAGCGCCGGAGAAGAGGCAACACUACCUGGACCUGGCUGCAGAGAUCACGCACACAUGCCACGAGAGCUACACGCGCUCAGCAACCAAACUGGGACCUGAGGCGUUCAGAUUUGACGGCAGUGUUGAAGCCACAGCGACCAGGCUGAGUGACAGAUAUUACAUCCUACGACCAGAAGUCAUCGAGAGCUACAUGUACAUGUGGAGGCUGACCCACGACCCCAAGUACAGAGAGUGGGGUUGGGAGGCUGUCGAGGCCCUGGAGCAGCACUGCAGGGUGGAGUUUGGCUUCUCGGGGAUCCGUGACGUUUACACCAUGACAGCCAGCCACGAUAACAUGCAGCAGAGCUUCUUCCUCUCAGAGACACUCAAGUAUCUGUACCUGCUCUUCUCCGACGACGACCUUCUCUCGCUGGAGGACUGGGUCUUCAAUACGGAAGCCCACCCGCUGCCCAUCAUCCGCGAGAGCUGCAUGCAGGACAUGGCAACACAGGCUAAGACAGUCUCCGAAUAAGACUGAACCCGAGACGUGCACAGUUCAUGUGCACACUCACACAGUCACACAAAUAUUGCAAAACACCGAUUUCAAUGCAGGUUCGGAGUCUUUUCAGGAGCGUGUCAUGGACUCUCAAUUCCUUUCCAGUGAAGGAUGUUGUCGUUUUACGCUGUGAUUGUAUAUCCUUUCGCCGGGGUUACUUCCUGCUGGCACUUCUUUUUUGUGGACAAUCAAGACAAACAUGACUUUCAUGAAAAGAGCACCUUUUUCUUUCCUUCUUUCCUCUGUGAGGAAAUCAGUAUAACUUGCAGACCCAAAUGUAAUGGGAGAGGGGUUGAAGUAUGGGCCAUAUUGUUAGAAAGAGAGAGUUUUGCUCUUUGAGUUCGUUGUUUUGUUAAGUGAUGAAUGAUUUCCUUUUAUCUCAUCAUUGCAUUUGUUCCUUUGUGAGUACACUCUUUGACCAAAGGUUUCUUUGCAUUUCUAUUUCCCUCUUUUUCCAGUAAUGUGUUCUUAGUGAGAUUUGACAGGAAGUGACAUUUACAACAAGGAUUGAAUUGUAAUGAAUAUUGAUUAAUGUACAGACAAACAUGAAAUGUGAUUCUCGGAUCCACUUCCAAACUAAUGUUGAUGUCAUGUUUCUUACUGAAACAAGCUUGAAUGAAUUUCCUAAAAGUUUGGGGGUGUCAGGAAAGUGGCCGUGUCUUAUGCAUCCAGGGACCAUUGUUUUUGUUUUGUUUUGUUUUGUUUUUUUUAAAUGAUGUUGGGUUGAGUUUCCUCUGUAUGCUUGGGUUAUUUUGUGAACAGGACAAAGCUUUCUCAGUCCUCUCAGCCUUUCAACUCAAAGUAACAAAUGGAGUACUGUCAGUUCUGUAGCUGUGACACACACACACACAGACACAGACACACACACACACACACACACACACACACACACACACACAGAGAGACACAUUUGCUCGCCAGGCUCCAAAAUGGGUUUUCCUGUUUCUGUUGUAGUUCUUCUGCUUCACCCUGCCUUUACAUGUGAAUCCAUACGGCUGCCAAUACUGACGUUAACGGCUGCGAGCCACAGAGCGGAGGCGAGUUUUCAUUUCCAUCACUGCUGUCCUGCACAGUUGUGGAGCGAAUGUGCUGUACAUACAGACGAGAGUGAGUGACCCCCCCCCCACCCCCUGUAUGAGCUUGUCUUGAUUUGACUUUUUCUUUUUUUUUCUAAACUUCAAGUGGUUAUUUUUUUCUGGGUUCUCUUUUUGAUUUGCUUCCCUCAGGUGUUUCAGUAAAAAAAAAAACUAAAAAAGUUCUUACUUUAAGUCUAGUUAUUGCUGAUAUUAAUUAUUGUUAUUACUUAUUCUUACUGUUUGAUUUAACUUUCAUUGUUGAAUAUUUUCAAAUACUGAUAAAAAAAAAAGACCUGUGCAACUUUGUACAUUUAAAACAA